AUGCAGCCUCUCAUUGGUCAGUUCAGACUAAAGGGGUGGAGUCGAAGGGGAAUUCCCCCGUUGCUCUCUUCUAACAAAUAUUACUUUUCCUGUCCACUGUCACUCAUUCAGCUCGAGGUUCUCCAAGAGACAAUAACCUGUGAUACGACCGAGAGUGAGAGUGUGUGCACCAUGGAUGUUCUUAUGCCCUCCAUGCUAGGGGACGAUCCACACCUAAUGGCUGAGCCGGCGAUCCAGAUCUUCGAGCAGCCCAAGCAGAGGGGAAUGCGUUUCAGGUACAAGUGUGAGGGUCGCUCAGCUGGGAGCAUCCCCGGCGAGAAGAGCUCUGACAACAACAGGACGUACCCCAGUCUGCAGAUCCUCAAUUACUGCGGUAAAGGGAAAGUACGUGUAUAUUUGGUGACGAAGAACGAGCCGUACCGACCGCAUCCACACGACCUGGUGGGGAAGGACUGCAAAGACGGAUUCUACGAGGCCGAGUUUGGCCCAGACCGCAGAGUGAUCGCUUUCCAGAAUCUGGGGAUCCAGUGUGUGAGGAGGAGGGAAGUGAAAGAUGCGAUCGUACAGAGGAUGACCAGAGGGAUCAACCCCUUCAAUGUGCCACGUGAGCAGCUGCUGCAGACAGAGGAGUACGACUUGAACGUGGUUCGCCUGUGCAUCCAGGUUUUCCUGCAGGACGAGAAUGGCCACUUCACCAGACCACUCAACCCCAUCGUCACCAACCCUAUCUACGACAACAGGGCCCCAAACACAGCAGAGCUGAGGAUCUGCCGGGUCAACAAGAACAGUGGCAGUGUCAAGGGAGGCGAUGAGAUCUUCCUACUGUGCGACAAAGUACAGAAAGAUGACAUCGAGGUGCGAUUCUUCUCCUCUGAUGGCUGGGAAGCCAAAGGCUCCUUCUCCCAGGCCGAUGUUCAUCGCCAAGUUGCCAUCGUCUUCAAGACUCCGCCCUACUAUAACACCUCCAUAACAGAGUCGGUCACUGUGCACAUGCAGUUGCGCCGACCUUCCGAUCAGGAAGUCAGCGAACCAAUGGAUUUCAGAUACCUGCCCGAUGACAAAGAUCCAUAUGGCUACAAUGAGAAAAAGCGCAGAAGAGAGCACUUGAUGAAGAUAUCAGGAUUGUCAGGUGGUCCUUUUGUUGGUCUGAUGAACAGGCCAAAGGCAGUGCCACAAAGUACCUUGAGUCACAUGCGGAAAGACCUCAGCAACAUGUACCUGAGGCAACAGCCCACACCUUCAAUGCAGCAACAACCUGCUGUAUUCAAUCAGCCCUACCAACCUGGCUCUCACAAUGUAAUGAUGACAUCACCAGCUCCGAAUGUAUCAGUCAGCCAAUCAUGGACAAAUCCCAACCCAGCACUCUCAAUGGAUACAGUCACCAUAAACCAGUCUGGUGCUAUGAACAAUCUGCCACGUCCUAAUAGAAGCAACCAACAGCAGCCAAACCGUGGACCUGGUUAUCCCAACAAAGUGGAGCACAACACCCUCCCUCAGCUCUCCAUGAGAGACUUACAGUGCUUGGAUACAGCCCCCCAGGCCCCUGCAAUGAGCCAGAUGGAUUCCCAGGCGCCCUUCCACAUGCAGCACCCAAGGGAGGAGCUUGCGUCUGAGACCCGGGCCCAGAACCAUCUAGGCAACCAGAACCAGGGUCUGCAGACUGUGUGGCCCAAUUUCAGUACCACCAGUACAGCUCAGAACACCUUUACUGGAGGUGGAGGGGGGUCACAGGGGCUGGGCUCUUUCUCCUUCCUAGGGGGAAUGGAAGGGGAAGAUUUUCUGAAGGACCUGGUGGGAGGAGGGUCUCAGACUGGCUUCCAGCUGAAGCAGGAGCCCCAGAUCACAGUGGCACAAGAAAGCCAUGCUUCUUUCAUGCAGUCCCCACGGGAAAGCCAAGAAAAUACUUACACCAACUUGCUUCCUCGUCCCGUGAGCAAUUGCAUCAACAUGGAUCCAAUGAGGCAAGACGUUAGUGGCAACACCCAGCCUCUUAAAAAUCUGCAUUACUCUUACCAAAGCAACGGCAUGGCCUCUGAUGGCCACUUUUCAAAUUUGGCUGACUGGGUCAAAUCAACUCGGCAAACCGACUAAAAAGAGUGUUUUUGGUAUCAAUAAAUAAACAGAAGCAGCUCCAAGGAUACAUUGGUCUUGGUUAGCCAUGCAAAGCCAGAAAUUUUCCUUUACCCAUUUUGGCGUAGGAAGGCUCAGUAGACAUUUGCUUGGGUUAUUACAUCAGUGUGCAAACGAGCAAAGUUAUUGUCAGCCAUUUGGAUCUAUAACCAGACAAAGGCAUUGUUUCUAGUUAGUACAGCUGUUUACAGAUUAGUUCCUACUUUCGCAAAGACAUCACAAAGAAUGCUUCCUACACCUGAGUGGCCAACCAUAGCGCUUGAUAAAUUGUUACUGGUCUUUGCUUCCUAUUAUUACUCUGGAAGACACCAUUGUCCUAAAAAUUGUUAAUCAAAUUUGAUUUCUUGGUAAAUUUGAGACAAGAAAUAGAUCACUUUUCCACAUUUCUAUCAAGGGCGCCUUGUCCAAAGCCCUAGUUUGCAACUGGUGUACAGUGAGAUUCUGUUGAGGUUCCUUCCCCAGCGUUUAACCUCUGAACUGUUGGGAUGUUUCACUAGGGGCCAAGUUGCAUUGUCGUUCAAAUCACUUGGCCUUACUCGCUGAUUGACUUGGCUUCCAGCUGCUGGUCCUGUGGACCUCAGUCAACUGAAGCUGAGCUCACAUGAGUUCAGCUGGCUUCUGCAAGGCUAAGAUCUGUAUGUGGAUGAACCAUGCCUUAGGUUGUAAAGAUGACCAACGACAUACUGCUGGUUUCCAAGCCAAAAUUAGAUUUCAGCAGAAGUGAAUGUACUGCUUUCUUUCUUUGUCUUUCUCAGGUGAAGUUGGAUUCACUGUGAACAUACUGUAUAGUUCAAUGUUUUGUUAGAGUGUUUGAUCUUGGAAAAGAAACAGGGGUAAAUGGAUGUUAGGAUUAGAAAUACAACAGAAAAGAAUUAUCUUAUUACAAUGGGUUUACUUUUUAUUGCUUUGUAAAGAAUUCUCACAUAUUGUACUGUUUCAUUGAUUUUUUUAAGCAAAGUAUUUGCUGUUAAAUGCGCUCUGUACAUACAUGUUAGCCAUAGUUGAGAGUGAAAGCAAUAACUGUGCUUAAACCCUCAAGAACUGGCAAGGUACUAAAAUUUCCAUUGAGGAAGUGGUAGGAAGCACAUUGAGUGUUGUCUUUCCUUUGUAAUGACUAUGUCAUAACAGUGAUCACAUGUGUUAGCCAGAGUUCUCAGAGCAUUUUUAUAGAUGUUUUUAUACAUGUCAAUUUUGUCUUUUAUUGUUGUUUCAUUCAUUCAGCUGAGGCUCUUACUGAUAGCGUCAAAGAGUGCCUUGCUUGAGGACAUUGUGACUGGACACAUGGCUGAUAAUGAACAAACACUGGCUCUUGUGUCGGUUUCAAAUUUGUGAGCUAGCAGCAGCCUGCAGGGCCUCCUUUAGCCUAGCUCAUACUAGCAUGUCAUGUUUUACUUGUAUGCAUUCCAGAAGCUUUUUGGUUUGAAAUGAAAGUAAUUAUUUUGAUGACUACUUUGUAAGAUUUACUAUUUUUGGAUUUUUCUACACAAUCAGUUCUUAAUAAACAAGUCUCUUAUUCCA